GUUGCCAUGGACUGGUUUUUCCUGGGCGAUAUACGGCGGAUCAAGAUGGCGGCAUUCGGAACAGAGCGGUGGUUGGAUGACCUACCAAACCAUGCUAUUUUCCAAAAAAUACGACAGAAAUUGGAUUUACAACCCAACCCAAAUGAAAGAGGGGUCGCUAAAAACCUCACUUUUUGUUUAGGUGGGGAUUUGUUCGUGUGGGACGAUUCAGACCGCGUGUUUUACACGACCAACCUGCGACAUCUAAACACGGAUGAGAGUCUCAGUAACGUGAGCGGGAACCAUCAGACCUUGCUGUGCAUCAACCCUCCUCUCUUCGAGCUGUGCCAGGUGUUGCUCAGUCCCACUCAGCACCACGUCGCGCUUGUCGGGCUGCGGGGCGUCUCUGUGCUGGAGCUUCCUCAGCGGUGGGGAAAGAGGUCCGAGUUCGAGGGCGGACGGAGCGAAAUCAACUGCAAGACCAUCCCGGUGGCGGAGCGCUUCUUCACCAGCUCCCCGUCUGUAAGUCUGCGGCAGGCGGCUUGGUACCCCAGCGAGACCGACGAGCCCCACCUGGUGCUGCUCACAUCCGACAACACCAUCCGGUUCUACAGUUUGAAGUCGCCCCAGACGCCGGCCAAAGUCCUGUCAGUGUCACAGUCGGAAGAUGACAUCAGCGGCCAUCCUCCGGUCCGCUCCUACGCAGCGUCUCUAGGCGAGAUAGCUGUGGCGUUUGACUUCGGGCCGAUUUCGUCCCCGCUUCGGCAGCCGACAGCACAGUGCUCCAAAGAACGGCUGGUCUACCCUCUGUACAUCCUCUACGAAAAUGGGGAGACCUAUGUGAGCUACACAAGCCAGGCGAAGGGUGUGAGUCUCACUAAACCCAUUGGACCCCUGCCGAUGUAUCCUGCAGCAGAGGAUAACUACGGCUACGAUGCUUGUGCCAUUCUCUGCCUGCCAUGUGUGCCCAGUAUCCUGGUCAUCGCCACAGAAACGGGCACGCUGUAUCACUGCGUGGUGCUGGAGUCUGAAGAAGAGGAAGAGACCGGGGCAGUGGAGAAGUGGAUCCGAGGCACGGAGGCCGCGCCGGCUCUCUACGUGUUUGAGUGUGUUGAGCUGGAGCUCACCCUCAAAGUAGCCACAGGAGAGGACGAGGAGCCCCAGGAGUUUGAUUUCACCUGCCCAAUCAGACUGCACAGAGACCCCCUUUGCCAGCAGAGGUAUCACUGCACCCACGAAGCAGGCGUGCACAGUGUGGGGCUAAUCUGGGUCAACAAGCUGCAGAAGUUCCUCCAGUCGGGUGAGGAGGACAAGGACAAUCUCCAGGAGCUGGCUGCUGAGAAGCGCUGUAUUGUAGAGCACAUUCUUUGCACCAGACCACUCCUGUCUAGUCAGUCAGCUCCGGUUCUUGGCUUUGUGAUUGUGUCUGACCUCUCCUUGGGCGCCACCAUGGUCUGCAUCACCAGCGCCUACGAGUGCAUCCUGUUGCCCCUGCUGAGCUCCAUUCGCCCUCCCUCCCCUCCCCUGCUCUGUACGCAUCCAGGUCCAGGCUCUGGGAGCUCCCCUCUGCGCGGGCUGGCCAACGACUCUUUUGAGCAGCACAUCCGCAACAUCCUGGCACGUAGCUCCACCAAUCCUCUCGUACUCAAGGCCGGGGACAAGGACGCGUCACCGCCACCUCCGGAGUGUCUGCAGCUCCUCAGCAGAGCCACACAGGUCUUCCGUGAGGAGUACAUUCUCAAGCAGGACAUGGCCCGCGAAGAGAUGCAGAGAAGGGUGAAACUCCUGACCAGCCAGAAGAACAAGCAGCUGGAAGAGUUGACUCUGUGCAGGGAGGAGAGGAAGAGUCUGAGAGAGGCAGCAGAGAGAUUGGCUGACAAGUACGAAGAUGCAAAGUAUCGACAGGAGACCAUCGUGAAUGGGGUUAAACGAGUGCUGGGCAGCCUGCAAAGCCGACUACCCAUACUGUCAAACAGUGAAAAGGAUAUGAAGAAGGAGCUGCAGACCAUCAGCGAUCAACUGAAACACCUGGACAACUGCAUCAAACAGGUGAACAUGAAGAUGGACUACCAGAAGACACAGGUGGACAAGGAUGUGCCUGCAGCCAGGACGACGGUGUCACUCAAUGCCCAACAGAAGAAGGUUGUUCAGGAUGUCCUAAGAGAACAGGGACAGCAAAUUGGUGACAUGAUGAAACAGAUCAAAGACAUCAAAAACCACUUCAGUUUCUAAGCGCUUCAGAAAGCAGUAAAAGAUGUAUCGCAAACAAUUGGGGAAAAUAAUUGAAAUGCUCGUUUGACUACUGUGAUUAAAUCUGCCUUUUUGUGACAUUUGAUGAGAAUCUGGAUUGAGUGGUUUAGUCAUGACUUCAUGUGCCAUGAGUGGAAUGGAUAUUUGAAUUGAAAGAUAUUUUAUAUACACUUGUAUAACUUUACAUUUGAUCGUUUGUUUCUUAAUAGAGAUGAUAGGUUUUUCCUUCAUGUCUUGCAUAACAUUUUGCAUAUUUCAUACAUGUUUCUAAAUGUUACGGUUUAAGUCAGGUAUAUAGUCGGAGCAGAAUAUGCCAUGUGCAGGCAGGGAAUAUGCCAUGUGUAGGCAGGAAACAUGGGAAAUAUCUGAGCUUUUCAACAUGGUUUGCUCACUUUUUUUGGAUUGAUAAUAAAAUUUAAAGUUCUCUG